GUAAAAGGCCUGAUAAAAAAAGUUUGAUCUUGACCGUCCAUUAUCAUGUCUUCAAUAAUAGACCGUCAGAUCAUCAUCCCGUUUUCACCUUCAGUGGAGCGACUCUUAUCUUUCAUUCUUUUCCAGAGCUCCUUUAGAGAGAGAAAAGAGAACCACUAGCCUUUCCGGUUCCCGGCCUUCGCCUAUCACCGGCGAUGUCAUCGUCCUAUCCUCCGACCGAAGAACUACCUCUGAUGAGGAAUAUUCUCGACUGAAAAUCGAGGGGGAGAAGCAUACCGAAGACCAGACGCUAUUCCUUAUUUUUUUUCUGACGAAAAUUUAAUCGGAAUUGCUUCUUUCACAGGAAACUGGGCGAAAGACCAAAUCGAAAUUGCUUGUAGAUGCUUUAAUACCAGCCUGUGAGUUUUUGAAGUUGUGGUGACCCAGUUGAGAUCUUUGAGGGAUACUUGAAGCAAUUAUUAAAUCAUGGAUACUUUAUUGAAAACACAUAACAAGCUUGAAUUCCUGCCUCAACUUCAUGUGUUCCCAGAGAAAGCGAGUAAUGUGGGCUCUAUGAAGCUUCGAAACCCAGAGCUUAGGUUUUGUCUGCAUAAGUCUUAUAAAAAAAGGGUAAGAAAUGGUUGUGUUAAGGCUACCAGUAGUACUCUUUUGGAGCUUGUACCAGAGACCAAGAAGGAAAAUCUUGAAUUUGACCUGCCUAUGUGUGACCCAUCAAAAGGACUCGUGGUUGACCUUGCAGUUGUGGGUGGUGGCCCUGCAGGGCUUGCAGUUGCACAACAAGUCUCGAAGGCAGGGCUUUCUGUUUGUUUGAUCGACCCAUCUCCCAAAUUGAUUUGGCCUAAUAAUUAUGGUGUUUGGGUGGAUGAAUUUGAGGCCAUGGAUUUGCUUGAUUGUCUUGAUACCACCUGGUCUGGUGCUGUGGUCUACAUUGAUGACAAAACAAAGAAAGAUCUUGGUAGACCGUAUGGUAGGGUUAAUAGGAAGCAGCUAAAGUCAAAAAUGCUACAAAAAUGCCUAUCCAAUGGUGUUAAGUUUCAUCAAGCUAAAGUUGUCAAGGUUGUUCAUGAGGAAUCUGAAUCCUUAUUGAUUUGCAAUGAUGGUGUUACAAUACAUGCUGCUGUGGUGCUUGAUGCAACUGGCUUUUCUAGAUGCCUUGUUCAGUAUGAUAAGCCAUAUAAUCCAGGUUAUCAAGUGGCUUAUGGAAUUUUAGCCGAGGUAGAAGAGCACCCAUUUGACAUAGAUAAGAUGGUUUUUAUGGAUUGGAGAGAUUCACAUUUGGAUAAUAAUUUGGAGGUAAAAGAGAGAAAUAGAAAGAUCCCUACUUUUUUAUAUGCAAUGCCCUUUUCUUCAGGGAGAAUAUUUCUCGAAGAAACUUCUCUAGUUGCUCGGCCUGGAGUACCCAUGGAAGAUAUCCAGGAAAGGAUGGUGGCUAGAUUAAGGCACCUAGGCAUAAAAGUGAAAAGUAUUGAAGAAGACGAACGAUGUGUCAUCCCAAUGGGUGGUCCCCUUCCCGUCCUGCCUCAAAGAGUUGUUGGAAUUGGUGGUACAGCUGGCAUGGUUCACCCUUCAACUGGGUAUAUGGUAGCGAGAACUCUAGCUGCAGCUCCAAUAGUUGCCAAUUCCAUAGUCCAGUACCUUGGUUCUGGUAGAGGCCUCUCAGGGAAUGAAUUGGCAGCAGAAGUUUGGAAAGAUUUAUGGCCCAUACAGAGGAGGAGACAAAGGGAGUUCUUCUGUUUUGGAAUGGAUAUUCUGUUGAAGCUUGAUUUACAAGCCACAAGAAGGUUUUUUGAUGCAUUCUUUGACCUGGAACCUCAUUAUUGGCAUGGUUUUUUGUCGUCUCGACUAUUUCUCCCUGAGCUUAUAUUUUUUGGUCUUUCAUUGUUUUCCCAUGCUUCUAAUACUUCCAGGAUAGAGAUUAUGACAAAGGGUACUCUUCCUUUGGUUUACAUGAUCAACAAUUUAGUACAAGAUAGAGAAUAGAUGGCUAGGAUUCCAUUUGUUGUCUUCUAAUUUUGUUGAAAACUGCAUCUUGAAAAUUUAUAUGCUGUUGUUGCCCUUAAUUGUUGAUAGAAUACAAAUCACUUCUUGUAUUGUUAUCUUAAUUACAGGUUUGAGAA